UAAUCAUCAUCUUUCAGAAAUUUCCCAGGAUUUGGCACAUCCUUGCUGGUGGAGAAUGGGAAGCGAUGUGUUUAAUGCAGUUGACAGCAACACCCACUUUCUUUACUCAUUAUGUGCCUACUACAGGCCUAGAAUAAUGUGGGCACUGGAGAAAAAGCAAUACUCUACCCUUGCCUCAAGGAGCUUGACCAGAAAACUAGGCAACAUGGCUCAGAACAUAUCAACUGGAGCCUGAGAUGGGUCAAAUCAGAAUAAGUUAAAGAAAUCAAGGUCGCUGUGGUGAACCACCACUGUACCAGUCUAUGCAGUUAAAGGGUACCCCUAAAUCUUCCUAUUUACCUGGGGAGAAAAUAUUUUAUGAGUGUAAACCAGGAUAUUAUUAUUCGUUGAAUUAUGUCCUCAAUACCUUUUGUGAGAAAAAUAGCACAUGGUUCCCUGUUGAUGAAGCUUGUUACAAAAAAGCAUGUCCAACUCCAAAUGUGAAAAGUGGUAAAGUAUAUGACCCACAAGUGGGCUUUGAAUUGGAUAAAGAAGCUCACUUUUAUUGUGAUUACGGUUUUUACUUGAAAGGUGAACCAAUUCUAACUUGUAAACUUUCUGGAGACAAGGUGCUUUGGAACCAUGAUAUACCAACAUGUGAAAAGAUUUUGUGUGAAGCACCCGGAAAAAUAAGUAAUGGAAAAUACACGGAUAGCCGGAGGGUUGUAUUUGAAUUUAAUGAAGUAGUGACUUAUACUUGUGACCCUUCAAAUGGGUCUCAGGAGUAUUCACUUAUUGGAGAGAGCACGCUUACUUGUUUUGGGCCUGGCAAAUGGAGUAGUGACCCUCCUCAAUGUAAAGUGGUCCAAUGUAAACAGCCAGUACUCAAACAUGGAAAACCAGUAACAGAAAUGAAAAAAAAUUUUUCCUACCAAGAUGAGGUUGCAUUUAGAUGCCGGAAGGGUUUCUACCUUAAUGGCAGCAACCCAGUGUUCUGCGGUGGAAACAGUACUUGGGAGCCUGCGAUGCCCACAUGUAUUAAAGGUCCCAAGUCUACUCGUCCAACCAAGCCACCAGUUACAAGCUAUCUAGGAUAUCUCAACUUUCGUGAAGUAUCAUCAUCUGAAGAGAUUGUGGAAUUAGCACCAGGAACCAUUGCUCUAUUUAGUCUUACUAUAUUGGACUGUCCGGUGUGCAAGCAGCAGUGCUUGUCCAAAGACACUGCGGAGAACUAUUUCAUGCGUGACGGUGGCAGCAAGGCCCCCACGGACUCCCAGGACCAGAACCAGUGCUGCACCAGCUGCGAGGGUGCCGCCCCGGCCACCAGCUACUGCGUGGAGACCUGCGUGGAGGCGCACCCGAGGGUGAAGUACACCAAGGACCACGCAGUGCGCUCCCCCGCAGCCAAGUCCCGAGAUGGGGAGCGCACAGUGUACCGCACCGCGCACAAGCACGAGCCACUCCUGCUGUUCUGCGAGGGCUGCGGCCCCCUCAUCUGCCGGGACCGUCAGCUCUGCGCCCACAAGGACCACCAAUACCGGUUCCUGGAGGAUGCCGUGAGGAACCAGCGCAAGCUCCUGGCCUCUCUGGUGAAGCCUGGGGACAAGCGUGCCACACUGCAGACCACCACCAAGGAGGUUCGAAGCUCGGUUCGCCAAGUGUCCGACGUGCAGAAACGUGUCCAGGAGGAUGUGAAGAUGGCUAUUCUGCAGAUCAUGGAGGAGCUGAACAAGCGGGGCCGCGUGCUGGUCAAUGACGCCCAGAAGGUAACGGAGGGGCAGCAGGAGCGCCUGCAGCGGCAGCACUGGAUCAGGACCAAGUUCCAGAAGCACCAGGAGCACAUCCUGCGCUUCGCCUGGUGGGCUCUGGAGAGUGACAAACACACGGCCCUCCUGCUCUCCAAGAAGCUGAGCUACUUCCAGCUGCACCAGGCUCUCAAGAUGAUCGUCGACCCCGUGGAACCCCAUGGCGAUAUGAAGUUCCAGUGGGACCUCAACGCCUGGACCAAGGGUGCCGAGGCCUUGGGCAAGAUCGUGGCGGAGCGUCCUGCGCCCAUGGCCCCUCCCUGGGCUCCGGGACUCUUGAGCAGCAAGCAGGGCUCUGGCGGCAGCCAGCCCAUGGACGUGCAAGAAAGCUAUGGCUUCGCGUCAGAUGACUCUUACUUGAGUGCAGAGCCCCACGUGUCAGGCAUGAAAUGGUCCCGCUCCCGUGAGGGUGAAAUGAGUGGCCUCAUGCCCGAGGUGCCACGGGUGAGCCUCCAGCGCCUGGAUCUUGACAUCACAGCUGACAGCCAGCCACCAGUCGUCAAGGUCUUCCCAGGCAGCACCACCGGGGACUCCAACCUGAUGGUCAUUGAGCCUGGGGCUGCAGCUGCUGCUGCCGGGCAGCUGGGGACUGUGCCCGGCACCCCUGGUGCCCAACCCCUGCCUGGCAUGGCCAUUGUCAAGGAGGAAGAGACAGAGGCUGCCAUUGGUGCCCCGCCUGCCACCGAGGGCCCUGAGACCAAGCCCUUGCUGAUGGCUCUGGCGGAGGGCCCCAGUGGGGAGGGUCCCCGCCUGGUCUCCCCCAGUGGCAGCACCAGCUCUGGCCUGGAGGUGGUGGCUCCAGAGGGCACCUCAGCCUCAGCUGGUGGCCCUGGUGCCCUGGAUGACAGUGCCACCAUCUGCUGCGUCUGUCAGAAGCCAGGUGACCUGGUCAUGUGCAACCAGUGGGAGUUCUGCUUCCACCUGGACUAGGAUGUGCCCGGGGAGGAGUGGAGCUGCUCACUCUGCCACGUGCUGCCUGACCUGAAGGAGGAGGAUGGCAACCUGAGCCUGGACGGUGGGGACAGCAGUGGUGUGGUGGCCAAGCUCUCGCCAGCCAACCAGCAGAAGUGUGAGCGUGUCCUGCUGGCCAUUUUCUGCCACGAGCCCUGCCGACCCCUGCACCAGCUGGCUACCAACUCCAGCUUUUCUGUGGAUCAGCCUGGUGGCACAUUGGACCUGACCCUGAUAGCGCCCGCCUCCAGGAGAAGUUGUUGCCCCCCCUACAGCUCCCCUCAAGAGUUUGCCCAGGAUGUUGGCCCAAUGUUCAAGCAGUUCAAGCUGAAGGAGGACAAGGUGGACGUGCAGUCCAUCAUCGGCCUGCAGCGCUUCUUGAUGAAUGAGGCCUUUGGUGACACCAAGUUCUCUGCUGUGCUGGUGGAGCCCCCACCGCUGAGCCUGCCUGGUGCCGGCCUGAGCUCCCAGGAGCUGUCCAGUGGCCCUGGUGAUGGCCCCUGAGCCAGCUCAGCCUGGGCGUGUCCUGUCAGCCGCGCCCUUUGCCUUCGGUGGUCUGGCUCCCAUUCCUUGGUAGCCUCAUUCCCCGGCCCCUCACAAUAUGGUUUUUACUUCUGUGGAUUUAAUAAAAACGUCACAAGUUAAAAAAAGAAAAAGGAAAAAGAAAAAAA